UAACAAAAAUUCAGAAUAUGGGGAAUCAUUCUUCUUCAGCUCACGCUUUCUUCCAUAUCAAUCCCCCUUUUUCUUCGCACUAAUCAAAUCAAAAACACUCAACAAAUUCCUUCUAAUUCGUUUCAAAUCUUCGUAUCUUUAUGUGUUCUUCUCAAUUCUUUGUAUUUCAUGAGAUCUGAUUUUACUCUUUCUAAAGAAUUUUCCCAAACCCUAAUCUUUCUUAAGAUGGAAGGUUUUGUGAAAUUUUGGUCAAAUAAGAUUAUGUCACCGGCGGCUCUGGUUGAACCGACGACGAAGACAUUGCCGGAAUCUUCAUUGUCGACGAGGUCUUCACCGGAGAGAGGUGAUUUGGAUAAGAAUCGCCGGUUUUGGGACCUGAGAGGGGUUCAGUGGCGUACUGAUUUGGGGGUUUUGCCCUCUUCUUCAUCUGUCGAUGAUGUUCGUCGUGUUACUGCCAAUUCACGUCGAAGCUAUGCUGCUUUAAGGAGAAGGCUUCUGAUUGAUCCUCUUAUCCCUAAAGAUGGAAGCGAUUUUCCGGAUCUCACUAUGGACAAUCCAUUAUCGCAAGACCCAGAUAGCACGUGGGGCCGCUUUUUUCAAAAAGCCGAGUUAGAGAAAAUGGUUGACCAGGACUUGUCACGCUUGUAUCCCGAACAUGGUAGCUACUUCCAGACCCCCAGAUGCCAAGCCAUGUUAAGACGGAUUUUGUUGCUUUGGUGUAUUCAUCAUCCAAACUAUGGUUACCGGCAAGGGAUGCACGAACUCUUGGCUCCGCUAUUAUUUGUUCUCCAGGCCGAUGUAGAGCGUCUCUCGGCGGUGAGAAAAUUGUACGAACAUUACUUCACCGAUAAUUUUGAUGGCCUCUCCUUUCACGAGACUGAUUCCGCUUACAAGUCUAAUUUAAAACAAAUAUCUCGACAUAUAGAAGACGAUAGCGGAAUCCAAGAAAAUCAAGUGACGGUUAAUAACCUUGAUGAACUCGAUCCUAAGAUUCAAACCAUUAUUUUGUUUAGCGAUGCUUAUGGGGCCGAGGGCGAAUUGGGUAUCGUCUUAUCUGAGAGAUUUAUGGAACAUGAUGCGUACUGUAUGUUUGAUGCAUUGAUGAAUGGGGCUGGUGGUGCGGUUGCGAUGGCAAAUUUUUUCUCCCCGCCUCCUCUAAAUGGACCACAAAACGGGCUGCCACCUGUAAUCGAAGCGUCUUCGGUGUUAUACCAUUUGCUUGCAGUGGUUGAUUCAUCUCUUUACACUCAUCUCGUUGAGCUUGGAGUUGAACCACAGUAUUUUGCUCUUCGUUGGUUACGGGUUCUAUACGGGCGUGAGUUUGCUCUCGCGGACCUUUUAGUGAUUUGGGAUGCGAUUUUUUCAUUUGAUAACCGUAGGCUAGACGUGGUUUCUGAAAACGAUCCCGAUCUAAGCUUUGGUGGCCUCAAUUCGUCCCGGGGGGCCUUUAUUGCGGCACUUGCGGUUUCAAUGAUUCUUUACAUUAGAUCAUCAAUUCUUGCCACCGAAACCGCUACUUCCUGCCUCCAGAGAUUACUGAACUUUCCAAACGAUGUAAAUUUAGGGAAAUUGAUGAAGAAAGCUAAUUCUUUAGUGGCGCUUGCAAUUGACUCUAUGAGAUUGAUGCCCCCGGCGAUGCAUAGUGAUGGGGUCUCUGAUCGGAGCAAAUUGACGGUUUCUCGAGGUCAUAGUUUGUCAUUUGAUGUAUCGGCUUCGGGAACCGGAACCCCAGUCAGUUUGCUGCGCGAUAGCUACUGGGAAGAAAAAUGGCGGGUUUUGCAUAAGGAAGAAGAAGAAAAGCAAACGAUUCCACAGAAACAAGUCGAGAACCGACCGAAAGGGUGGUCGGAGAAAGUGAAGUUGCAAUUGUUGCGAACAGAAUCUGAUCCGUCUUCUUCAAAGGUGUAUCAUGCAAAAACAGGCCCUUCGAGGCCACGCGUUAGGAGGAAUUUGCUCGAUGAUCUAGCUAGACAGCUUGGUUUAGAAGAAGAGAUUGAGAAAUUGGCGAGCAAAGAUGACUCCACAAAGAGAUCGUUAAGCGGAAACGGUGGCAGUGAAGAGAACUCGUCUGUUUUCUCUGAUCCACCAACCCCGACUGGUGGUGACGCUAACGAUAAUGACCAUGAAAACGAUACCGAGCGAAGCAGUGUGGCAUCGAAUAUAUCAGUUGAAGAAAACGGUCCCGAGCAUUGUCCUCCAGUGGAGUCAUUUAGUGCUACUAUCCCAGAAGUCAGUUCGCCUUUACCGGUCUGUGAAGCCCCAGAACCCGCACCAUUACCACCAGUGCAGAAUGAAGACUCUAUCGGAAAGCUGGGAUCGAAUUUGAAAGAAAGGAUAUCAUUAGCGGGAAAGUUUCAGUGGCUUUGGAAGUUCGGAAAGAAUGGAGGAGAUAAUAGUACAACGGAGAAAGGUGCCGGUGUUUCCGAUUCGACUAAAUCUUCCAUCGUGGGACAGGAUCAGAAUAGCGAAACUGCGGCUUCUGCAAUGGAUGUCAAAUCCGUAAACCAAAAUACGACGUGUUCCUUGAAGAAUCUGGGCGAGUCCAUGGUGGAAAAUCUUCAGGUAAUUGAAUCAGUGAUCCAGCAAGAAAAGGGUGAAACGGGAUCAAAGAAGGCACUGCUGGUAGACAGAGGACAGAUGACAGCCAUGGCAGCUCUGAAAGAGCUUCGUAAAAUCAGCAAUAUUCUCUCAGAAAUGUGACAUUUUUGCUGUAUGUUCAUCAUUCAGAUCUGGAGAAAUUAGCCUUUAUAUAACAUAAAUAAAAUGCGCUAUUCUUCAGCUUAGAUUAGAUCAGAUUGGCUAAAUGUAGAUAUAUUCAGAUUCUUCCAAAUAAAUCUCAUAAUUUUUAGUUGUGAACUCGAGUUUAUCCGGUCAACUGUAACGUUCUCGAUU